AUGAUCAUUACAACAUUACCCUGCUGGUGUGGUCCCAGCACUCAGGAGUCUGUGACACUGCAUACAGAUGUGGGAGAUAUCAAGAUAGAAGUCUUCUGUGAGAGAACACCCAAAACAUGUGAGAAUUUCUUGGCUCUUUGUGCCAGUAAUUACUACAACGGCUGUGUGUUUCAUAGAAAUAUCAAGGGCUUCAUGGUUCAAACAGGAGAUCCAACAGGUACUGGAAGAGGAGGUUGCAGUAUCUGGGGCAAAAAGUUUGAGGAUGAAUACAGUGAAUAUCUGAAGCACAAUGUUCGAGGUGUUGUAUCUAUGGCUAAUAAUGGCCCAAAUACCAAUGGAUCUCAGUUCUUCAUCACCUACGGCAAGCAGCCACACUUGGACAUGAAGUAUACAGUGUUUGGAAAGGUAAUAGACGGUCUGGAGACUUUGGAUGAAUUGGAGAAGUUACCAGUAAAUGAGAAGACAUACAGACCUCUUAAUGAUGUACACAUUAAGGACAUAACUAUUCAUGCCAACCCAUUUGCUCAGUAGCUGUCAUGGACCUGGACAGAUACUUAGUGAACACUUCACUGGAACACGCCCAUUGUGGUUUAUCCAGUUCUCCUUCUCCUGGUGUUUACAGUAAUGGGCUCCAUGUAGGAGCCCUGUAGCUUCCCUCCCCAUCUGAGCAUACUCUGUGCCACUGCUGUUGUUCAGUGUGUUCACUUUAAAUAGAAAGCCAUGCCUUUUUUUUUUAUCACA